AGGGAUUUCAAAAGAUGCAGCAACAACUGAUCAACAUUGACCUUAAAGUUGAUAAACAAAAUCAGCAAACGUCUCAGAUGCCUGAACUGCAAAAGAGUUCAAAGGUGGAUCACAGUAUGCAUGAAGGAACAAUUAAGGAUCUCAAGGAAUCUCAAAUAUCUGUAUCAGAUAAUUCUACAGCAGAACAAAAGCCUAAAGGAGUUGUGUUUGAAAUCCCAUCUGAUGUGAAGGCUCCAAAGCGUCGUUCAAAGAAGCCGCCCAUAGCAAGGUUGCAGAAGAAGGAUUCAAGGCAAAGAGCUGACCAAGAAAUGGCUGCCAUAAAAUUGGAGGUGAAGCAGCAAGAGGCAGCAGAACGCAGACAGCAACGGAUUGAAAACAAAGUGCGUAAGACUCGUGAAAGUCGAGAAACACUGAUGCAACUCCAAACCAAAAUGAACAUCUUUCGAGAACAUCAAGCAGCAAUCGAAGGAAAAGCUGAUUCUCGUAUGAUGUUAUCUGAACACGAGAUAUUGCAGAUGGCUUUAGCAACAUUCACAGCAGGUACAAGGCAGAUCUGGAAAGAGCUGAGUUAUUCUUUAUGGUCUAUGAUAAGAAGUAAAUGUGAGCACAGUUAG